CUUUUUUUUCCUAAAGAGCAAGCGCCCUUUGUGGUGGCAGUUUGGGGUAGUCGCCGUCGAGGUGAGGGAGUCUCGCCUCCCGCUCGCCGGUAGAGAUCCCAUAAAAUGGCUUGGAGGCCACUGCUUCUGAAAUCCUUGAAAGGAAACAGUAUGUACAGUCCUUUUUAAUACAAGGGAUUGAGCUAAUAAGACAGAUUGUUUCAUAAUGGAUGGAGGUGAUGAAGGUAACCUUGUUAUCAAAAAGAGGUUUGUGUCUGAGGCAGAACUAGAUGAACGACGCAAAAGGAGGCAAGAAGAAUGGGAGAAAGUUCGAAAACCUGAAGAUCCAGAAGAAUGUCCAGAGGAGGUUUAUGACCCUCGGUCUCUAUUUGAAAGGCUACAGGAGCAGAAAGACAGGAAGCAGCAGGAGUAUGAGGAGCAGUUCAGAUUCAAAAACAUGGUAAGAGGCUUAGAUGAAGAUGAGACCAAUUUCCUUGAUGAGGUUUCCCGGCAGCAGGAACUAAUAGAAAAGCAGCGAAGAGAAGAAGAAAUGAAAGAACUGAAGGAAUACAGGAGUAAUCUCAACAAGGUUGGACUUUCUUCAGAAAACAAGAAGGAAGUAGAAAAGAAAGUGGCUGUGAAACCUGUAGAAACCAAGAACAAGUUCUCCCAGGCCAAGCUGUUGGCAGGAGCUGUGAAGCAUAAGAGCUCAGAGAGUGGUGGCAACAGUGUGAAAAGACUGAAAUCAGACCCUGACCCAGAUGACAAGAAUCAAGAAGCCGCAUCCUGUGUGUCCCUUGGAAGCACGUCCUUGAGCGGUCCCUCCAUCCACUGCCCCUCGGCUGCAGUUUGUGUCGGCAUCCUCCCAGGUUUGGGCGCCUACUCUGGGAGCAGCGACUCUGAGUCCAGCUCAGACAGCGAAGGCACUAUCAACGCCACCGGCAAGAUCGUUUCCUCCAUCUUCCGAACCAACACCUUCCUUGAGGCCCCCUAGCUCCUGUGUCCUCACCACAGGGUACUCCUCCCUAAGAGUAGACAGGACGGGUUGCUCUGCCCGUAGGCAUUACCUCCCUCAGAAAACUCCUUGCCUGCUUCCUGUGCACACUGUGACGUUUUUAACCUCAUCUAAAAAUGUGCCAGAAUCCACUUGUGGCCCGACUUGUGUUUGGUUUCUUUCCACUCCAGUGUUGAUGCCCAAACCUGAUCUGCUGCCUCUUUGCUCAUGGAUGUUGUGAGGUGGGGCUCAGGGCCCAGUGAAAUUCCAUCAAAAUGCCCUGGGACAACUGGCACCAGCUGGUGUGCAAAGGGUUUGGACAGCUCUUGUUUCUUCUUUUUCCCAGUAGCACAAUGAAGCAGGGGCAGCUGUUGGAUAGGUAUUAUUUAAACACUGUCUAGAUUGCCGUGCUGUUGUUACUGCAUCGUGGGGCAUGCGAUGGGGGAGAAUUGACCCAGGCGAUAAAAUGGUGCACUCCCCUGGAGCCAACCAAUUCUUGAUGUGUGUCUAAGUAAAGAUGAUAAACUACAUCUGCAGGGGCAUCACUUCACACUCAUCAUUCAUUGUGGAGUUUUUCCUUACUUUUAGCUAUUCCUUCUCCUCCCUCCAUCCUAGCCCAUUUAAGACUCAACCUUAGAGAAACAAACAUAGACCUUAUUUCAUCAUGGCCAGAAAUCGGACAUGCGGGUUGUUAUGUGGACUAAAUGAUUUAUUUCUGGCAAUCCCCGGAAUCCUAAUAUUGCACACCAGGGGGAUGCAUAUGCAUAUUUCUGACCCUAGUGUGCACUCUGUUGCGGCCCUGGCUGUUUGAUAGAUUUCUAGUUGUGGCUUCUAACUGUGGAAUCUAUUUCUAGCCUAAAGGUGCUGCCUUUGUUCUUUUCUCCUCUUUUAUCUGCUGCCCCUCCUGCUUUGCCCUGUCCACACAGAGCAGUGCUGGGGCUGUGAGAGGCCGAGGCUUUGAGGUACUGCUCCACUUCUGUCUUAUAAGGGGAGGCAGGGGCCCAACAGAGGGAGACAAAGUAUGGGGGCCUCAAGGACAGAGGGAGGCGUGGGCCUUUUAAAAAUCUGUAGGUGCCCUGCUUCAGGAGAAUGAGCCUCUACAGUUCUCUCCGGCUGGGUUCCUACUUCAGUUGUUUCUACUUCCUUGGGUGUGAGACGGAGAGAGACUCACACACAAUGUGUUGACACCGUGAUGCUGGCAGGCAGAGAAACUACUCAGCUUUAAUGUGGCAGAGAGGCCCCUGGCGCUCAUCCAACCCCCUCCUCCCCUUCCAGUGCAGUGACACUCUGGUGCCCGUGGGCAGAUGGUGACUUCCCUUUACCCAUAACUGGUGCCUUGUGUAGUCUUCCUCCUCUUCAGAGUCACUCUGUGCUAAUCGUUCCUGACUGUCAGCACAGGCGCAUCAGCUCCAUCCUAACAAACAAGACAUUUAGGUAAAACUGUGUAGGCACCUUAUGCUUCUCUGCUUCAUUGUUCCUGCAGUUGUGCUGUCAUUAUUACAGCACGUACUCAGAGCAACCUCAAAUCAUUUCAGGAGGCAGACCGAGGAAUCAAAGCCACCGUUCUUAUGUGGUUUGACUUUUAAGAGGCCAUUACUGUACCCUAUGGCCUUCGUUAAUACUGGAAGAAGUUGACAAAGAGUUACAGGGAUUAAAGACAUACAUUAACUUGAAAGCUAAUAAACUUGUCAGAGAACAAGA